CUCUGGACGAGGGGACGUCAAGCGGAACAAACGUAACCCCUAACUAUGCAGAUACAAGUAGUCGUAUGAAGACUACUACCACUAUAUCGUGCAGGCUGAUGAUGGUCGCAUGGCUCCUGACGUUCCUUCCUCCGUUUAUUGCGGUGAUUUUCUUCCCAGUACGAAUGCUGCUAGAUUGGGAUGCAGUUGUAGUAGGGAUGUGCAAAGAUGGGGUGACGUAUGCACUCCUCUCCUCCGGCGCAGGGAGUUCUCUGAUGCAAGACCAGAUGCUUUUAUUGAGUGAAGAAGCCCCUUCUGGAGAUUUUAGCAACUUUGUAACAACAGUGACAACUUCUACUGGUGGUGGCAGUAGCGGGGUAGGGAGUGGCGCAAUUGCAGCAGCAGUUGGCAGUGGCAGUAGCGGGAUUGGCAGUGGGGCCAUUGCGGCAGCAGUUGGCAGUGGCAGUAGCGGGAUUGGCAGUGGGGCCAUUGCGGGACCCUCCUCAUCCUCAACAACUGUGGAACUAAACGGUCAAGCUAUCGCAUCCUGGUGCGAAGCAAAAGGUGCGGGUUGGAAUGAACAAUUUUUCCAAACGUUUGCGACAUGCGCCAAAGCUGCAGAAGCGUCAUGUCAAAGAAAUACGUGUGAUAAUUCCCUUGUCACUGACGUUAUCAGCGCGAUUGUUCCCAAUGCGACACUUUCUUUGCAGUUAGAGAGUAAGGUAAAUCUGGCAUGUUUGUCCAGCUGCGCAAACUUUGUGGCGGG